ACCACUAUUUCCUCUUCGACUUCCCCGGGCAAGUGGAGCUCUUCACUCUGCACUCCAGCGCUCAGAGCAUCAUCAAGCGCCUCACCGACAAGAUGCACUACAGACUAGCGGCAGUGCAUCUGGUGGAUGCGCAACUGUGCAGCGAGGCACAUUGCUCCUCUAUGUCUAUCCCCAUCCUCCCGCACACCUGCCACUGCUCCCCUCUCUCUUCCCUUCAUGCACACCAGCUAGCGGCAGUGCAUCUGGUGGAUGCGCAUCUGUGCAGCGAGGCACACAAGUACGUGGCGGCGCUGCUGCUGUCGCUGCAGGUAAAGGCAUUCAACCUUGACUUCUACACGGACGUGCAGGACCACUCCUACCUGCAGCCGAGCAUCAAAUCUUUCCCGUCUCUGCCUCUUCCCCUCUUCCCCGCCCUCAGCAUUCAACCUCGACUUUUACACGGACGUGCAGGACCUCUCGUACCUGCAGGAGCAUCUCGAGAGCGAUCCUCGCAACAAGCGAUACUCGUGAGUGCACAUUCCAUUCGACACGCACAUUGCUCCACUCUCAUUCCAUUCCGCUGUCCCGUGUUGUCAGGCCAGCUGAUAUAG